AUGGGCUUCAGCUUUGGUCUGCACAGCAUUACCCUCAUCCAAGUGCCUGAAGACGAGGACCGCUUCAUGAACGACGACCAGCUCAACUGGACCAUCGCGGUGACGGCACUGGCGCUGAUUACCGGCUCCUGCCUGGCCAUGCCCAUCGCGCCGGUGCUGGGCGCCAGGCGGCUGCUGAUGCUGACGCAGCCGAUCCACGCGCUCGCGUCACUCUCUGCCGGCCUUGGAAAACACUUCGGCUGGGUGCUGCUGGGAAGGUUCCUCACGUCCGUCACGCUCGGCAUGUCGGAGGGCACUGCGCGAGGCUACGUGUCCGAGAUCGUGCCCCCGAACAGGCGCGCGCUCUUCACGGCUAUCCUGAGCACGAUGCUGUACAUCAGUCACGCGGCCAGCAUCGGCUUCGCCUGCUAUGUGCACUGGAGCACCAUGUUCAUCAUCACAGGAUUUUUACCUGCCGCCGUGUGCCUGGGCAAGCCUGCAAGGCUUGAAACAGGCUAG